CUUACACUUAAUUUUGUUCUGCUAGGUAGAGCGAACGCCAUGAGGCGUGCAGCUCGUCUACUGCGGGGCGUUAGCCAGGCUGCUCGCAGCCGGUCUGGUGAGGUGCAGGAGGCGGUUAAGCUAUUCGACAUUAAUGGCUCUCGCCUGCUUAGCACCCGGACGCAAAACAUCCUCGGUGCUUUGAGCCAUGUCAGCUCGACACUGCCCAGCAGCUUUGCGGCGAGUGGUGCACGGUUCAUCGCGGUUGACGCGCUUUUGCCUAGCGAUGACUUCAAGCCACGCCACAACAGUGGCAGCCCCGCGGAAAUCGACGCGAUGGUCCAGACCACCGGUUUCGCAUCCCUAGAUGCACUCAUUGACGCCACGGUGCCCAAGGCCAUCGUCCGCAAGGAUGGCAUGGACCUUGGCAAGUACCACAAGGGGAUGACGGAGAGCCAGUUUCUUGCAUACUUCAAGGACAUGGCCUCCAAGAACCAGGUCUACAAGAGCUUCCUGGGCCAGGGCUACUACGGCACCCACGUGCCGCCCGUCAUCCUGCGCAACGUGCUGGAGAACCCCGGCUGGUACACGCAGUACACGCCCUACCAGGCGGAGAUCGCGCAGGGCAGGCUGGAGUCGCUGCUGAGCUUCCAGACGCUGGUGUGCGAGCUGACCGGCAUGUCCAUCAGCAACGCCUCGCUGCUGGAUGAGGCCACCGCGGCGGCGGAGGCCAUGACCAUGUGCUCCGCGCUGGCUCGCGGCAAGAAGCCCAAGUUCCUCAUCUCGAGCAAGUGCCACCCUCAGACCAUCGCGGUGUGCGAGUCGCGCGCCGACGGGUUGGGUCUGCAGGCGGUGGUGGUGGACGAGGACAAGUUCGAGUACGGCAAGGACGUGUGCGGAGUGCUGGUGCAGUACCCCGCCACGGACGGCACGGUGGCGGACUACAAGGCCCUGGUGUCCGCUGCCCGCGCCGCCGGCGUCAAGGUGUGCGUCUCCACCGACCUGCUGGCGCUCACGCUGCUGGCGCCGCCCGGCGAGUGGGGCGCCGACAUCGUGGUGGGGUCCGCGCAGCGCUUCGGAGUGCCCAUGGGGUACGGCGGGCCGCACGCCGCCUUCCUGGCGUGCCAUGAUGACUACAAGCGGCUGAUGCCGGGGCGCAUCAUCGGCGUGUCGGUGGACGCGCAGGGCAAGCCGGCGCUGCGCAUGGCCAUGCAGACCCGCGAGCAGCACAUUCGCCGCGACAAGGCCACCUCCAACAUCUGCACCGCGCAGGCCCUGCUCGCCAACAUGGCUGCCCUCUACGCCGUCUACCACGGCCCCGAGGGCCUCAAGACCAUUGCUCGCCGCGUGAACGGACUGGCCAGCGUGUUGGCUGCGGGCGCUGCCAAGCUGGGACACAGCCUGCCCUCCGCGCCCUUCUUCGACACGGUGACGGUGACGGUGAAGGACGGCGAUGCGGACAAGUACGUGCAGCUGGCACUGGGGGAGAAGAUGAACAUCCGCAAGCUGAGCCCCACCGCCGUCAGCAUCGCCUUCGACGAGACCAGCAGCCUGGAGGACGUGGACGCGCUGCUGCGGGUGCUGGCGGGCGGCAGCCAGCCGGGCUUCACCGCCGCCUCGCUGGCGCCCGAGGUGGAGGGCGGCGUGGGGCCCUUUGCGCGCUCCUCCGCCUUCCUGCAGCAGCCCGUGUUCAACACCUACCACAACGAGCACGACAUGCUGCGCUACCUGAAGCGGCUUGAGAACAAGGACCUGUCUCUGUGCCACUCCAUGAUCCCGCUGGGCUCCUGCACCAUGAAGCUCAACGCCACCACCGAGAUGGCGGCCGUCACCUGGCCCGAGCUCGCCAACCUGCACCCCUUCUGCCCGCAGGAGCAGGCGCAGGGCUUCAACGAGAUGUUCCGCGACCUGGCUGCGCAGCUCUGCUCCAUCACCGGCUUCGACGCCAUGUCGCUGCAGCCCAACAGCGGGGCCAGCGGCGAGUACGCGGGACUCAUGGCCAUCCGCGCAUACCACAUCUCCCGAGGUGACGCGCACCGCAACAUCUGCAUCAUCCCCGUCUCCGCGCACGGCACCAACCCCGCCUCCGCCGUCAUGGCCGGCAUGAAGAUCGUCACCGUGUCCACGGACGCGGAGGGCAACGUCAACAUUGCGGAGCUGAAGGCCAAGGCGGAGCAGCACAGCAGCAACCUGGCGGCGCUCAUGAUCACCUACCCCUCCACGCACGGCGUGUACGAGGAGGGGGUGGACGAGAUCUGCCGCAUCAUCCACCAGCAUGGAGGACAGGUGUACAUGGACGGAGCCAACAUGAACGCGCAGGUGGGCCUGACUGCCCCCGGCAUCAUCGGCGCCGACGUGUGCCACCUCAACCUGCACAAGACCUUCUGCAUCCCGCACGGCGGCGGCGGACCCGGCAUGGGCCCCAUCGGCGUGAAGGCCCACCUGGCGCCCUUCCUGCCCUCGCACCCCGUCGUGCCCACCGGAGGACUGCCCACGCCGCCGCCUGCCGGCGAGGCCAAGCCCUUUGGCACCAUGGCUGCUGCGCCGUACGGUUCGGCGCUCAUCCUGCCCAUCUCCUUUGCCUACAUCAGCAUGAUGGGCUCGGAGGGCCUGACCAUGGCCUCCAAGCUGGCCAUCCUGAAGGCCAACUACAUGGCCAAGCGCCUGUCGCAGCACUACCCCGUGCUGUUCACCGGACCCAACGGCACCUGCGCGCACGAGUUCAUCCUGGACCUGCGGCCGCUCAAAGAGACCUCCGGCAUCGAGCCCGAGGACGUGGCCAAGCGCCUGAUGGACUACGGCUUCCACGCGCCCACCAUGUCCUGGCCCGUGCCCGGCACCCUCAUGAUCGAGCCCACCGAGUCCGAGUCCAAGGCGGAGCUGGACCGCUUCUGCGACGCCAUGAUCUUCAUCCGGGAGGAGAUCCGUGAGAUCGAGGCGGGCAAGGCCGACCGCGCCAACAACCUGCUCAAGCACGCCCCGCACGCCGCCUCCGUGGUGCUCUCGGACGCCUGGGACCGCCCCUACAGCCGCGAGCGCGCCGCCUUCCCCGCGCCCUGGGUACGACAGGCCAAGUUCUGGCCCACCGUGAGCCGCGUGGAUAACGUGUACGGCGACCGCAACCUGGUGGCACGGCUGCCCAAGUAGAGGGGAGGAAGGGGGUGAAGAGGGUUAGGAGGCGGUGCAUGCAGUUGUUCAGGAGUCGGCUUAUUUGAUUGCAUGGUGGGGCCAGUCCCGUGGUUAGGAUGCGGCGGCUUGGGAGACAGUGCUCAGAGGUGCUGUGCAGGGCCUCUGUGGGUUUGCCGAUCUUUCCCAGGGCGUGUGUGGCAGGUGACUUUUGGUGUGUUUUGGACGCCUCCUAUCUGGCAGCGGUUUUCAAGUUUUGGAGCGUGAUAACCUUUUUGUGAGUUUGGUCGCUGGUGUGGGUGUGAGACCCAGGUACUCUUGUGUCGUGUGAUUAUGCCUGAAACGCUGGUGUUGGUACUGGCGAUUGGGUGUGUCCCCAGCUGUGUCUCCGUGGUCUUUCUGGGAGCUCGCUUAUGGAAUGAAAGGUGCUAGUACAAGGACUGCUGCUUACUUGGUACAAUAUGCUUAUAUGAUACCUGCUGGGAGAAACAGAUGUCGCAGCUUUUUGAACGAGGAGGUCUCUGAAUGAAUCAGGACGGACUUCGGGGCCUCUCCGCUGUGCAUCUCCUGCUAAUGCGGUACGAGGCUGUAGCUACUCAGCAGGCGUUUCCUAAAGAGGCAAUAAUCAGUGGCAUAGAGUGUCUGUCCCUUGGCAUUGGUUGGGUUUUGGUGAAUGCGAAUGGUGGCUGCUGUAA